AUGGACCAAGUAGUACCGUCACUACAGCAAACAGCAGUUCCGUUACUGGAGCAGGCUCGUCCACUAACGGCAGUACCAGGGGCCAUUGCACUUGCGGCUGACGGUCGAUCCAGCUCAUUUAGAUGGCCCAAAUAUCAACUGCUUCUAGCAGGAUCCCGGAUUCCCAGUCUAGGAUUUUUGAUGAGCUUCGUGUCACGACUUGGUCGGGAAAUACGUUAUCCCUGGGGAAAGUGUAAGGCAGCUUUGAUGGGCUUAGGUACUGUUUCUCAUGUUAUCAAUGACACGCAAAAUAACUUCACACAUGAUGACUACACGAUCGCAUGGAUCUGCGCCUUACCCUUGGAAAUGGCUGCUGCAACGACCAUGCUGGAUGAGAUUCACCGCCCCCUUCCUCAACAUCCGACCGACCCGAAUGCUUACACAGUUGGCAGGUUGAGAAGUCAUAAUAUAGUGAUUGCGUGUUUGCCCUCUGGUAUGUACGGGACAACAUCUGCUGCGACUGUUCUGUCGCACAUGCUGCCGACAUUUCCCUCUCUUCAGUUUGGGUUGAUGGUGGAUAUUGGAGGUGGAGUACCCAGCAAGAAGGUUGACAUCCGACUUGGUGAUGUAGUAGUCAGUAUGCCGACUGCAUCCUCUGGGGGUGUGGGAUAG